CUGCACUACGGGACCCUCCUGGGCAGCAGAGCUUGUGUCCACAUGGCAGCAGCUGCCUGGGGCACUGGGCUGCUCUAUUCUCUGCUGCACACUGCCAACACAUUUUCCCUACCACUCUGCCAAGGCAAUUCCAUAAACCAGUUCUUCUGUGAAAUCGCCCAGAUUCUCAAGCUUUCCUGCUCAGAUUCCUACCUCAGGGAAGUUGGACUUAUCAUGGCUAGUUUCUGUUUAGCAUUUGGUUGUUUUCUUUUCAUCGUACUGUCAUAUGUACAGAUAUUCCGGGCCGUGAUGAGGAUCCCCUCUGAGCAGGGACAGCACAAAGCCUUCUCCACGUGCCUCCCUCACCUGGUCGUGGUCUCCCUGUUUGUCAGUACUGUAAUCUUUGCCUACCUGAAGCCCUCCUCCAUCUCCUCCCCAUCUCUGGACAUGGUGGUGUCAUUUCUGUACUCGGUGGUGCCUCCAAGACUUGAACCAGCAUCUCUGUCAGAGAGGACAUUGUGCGCUGUGUCUGAUGGGACAAUGCAGCUGGCCUCCCAUUAA